AUAUAUUUUCGCAAUUAAAUCGUAAUCACAACAAAACAUGAACCUGUUUGGUUUAAAAAUGACAUGGGGCAAAGCCUCUGGCUGCGUUCUGUCGCCGUGAUGCUAAAGCUAACGCUAAGCUAAAGUAUACUCCUAGUUGCUGUAGCAACGUAGUUAUCCACUCGGUACUUACAUACUUGUACAGUAUCUAUGUGUAAACAUGUUGUAUCAACAUACUUGCUUUUACAUGCUUUUAGUUGUUGCAAAACUUUAUUUUAGUGUAAUGUGACGUCUCGGAGUAUGUGUGCGUUUAUUAUCUGUACAUGGAAAAACUCCAUCCUUUGAUUUUGAUGCAAAAUAAUACGUGUACCAUAAUAGAUGUGUGCAUGCAGACAGGGGAUCAGAUAAUGAUUAUAAAAACUGACAUUUCUUUUACAUGUACUGCAAUUUGACGUAGCCUUCUUGCAAUACUUUGAAUGAAUCAUGACACAGCUUCAACUUGCUUGAAUUUUAUUUUUUCCCCCACAAACAACUACUUGUUAAAGUCAUGCAUUUUUGUCCAUGUAAUUCCACGCUCGGGCCGCACGGGGGUCUAGUUGUUAGCAUGUUAGCACAGUCAGGAGAUCCGGUUCGAAUCUUUGCAUGUCCUCCCCGUGCGUGCGUGGGUGUUCUGCGGAUACUCCAGUUUCCUCCCACAUUCCAAAAACAAGCAUGUUCAUUUAACUGGCGACUCUAAAUUGUCCAUAGGUAUGAAUGUGAGUGUGAAUGGUUGUUUCUCUAUAUGUGCCCUGCAAUUGGCUGGCGACCAGUCCAGGGUGUACCCCGCCUGUUGCCCGAAGUACCCCCGACUUGGGCGACUUCCAGCACACACCCCCGACCCUAAUGAGGAAAAGCAGAAGCAUAGAAAAUAAACAAGUUCCUGAACUGAGCUGAACUCGGCGUAUAAAACCAUGACAACAGACUCAACACUCCUCACCUCUGAAAUGGAGUUACAGCAGCAAGAAGACUUGUAUCAACAGCUGUUGUUACAGACAAUGGGAAACAUGCACACCGAAAAUCCAGACUCCAGAGUGAUCCGACCGCAACCUGGAAUAUGUGUGAAGACGACGUCGGAAACUGGCAAACAGAAGGUCUUUGUCAACAUCUGUCAGUCGAACUCAGUUCCGCCUCCACCGGAGCUGUCCAGAGAGGAGCUGGUGGAGUUGCUCCAAUCAGAAGAUCCCAGUGGCUACAGAGUUCCCAUGAGCCUUGGGGAGCCACACACUGAAGUGGACAAUAAUUCUCAGGGAUGCACAGCGUAUGACGUGGUCAUCAACCAGGAGUUCUUCCAGAAGUGUCAGAAGGAAGCCUUGUUCCAGCAGUUUGUUAUCAUGGUGUCUUUGGAAGGUUUAGAGAACAAAUACAAUCUCACGCUUAGCAGAGAAUGGAAGGUGCUGAAGAACAGAAAGUUCUUGGGGUCGGUCAACGAGCAGAACAUUCGCACGAAAAGCAGGCCAGUUAUUCAAGAGCUACAGCCUCAGGAGAGCUCCUCUUCUAUUGCAAAAAGACCAGAGUUCACCUUGUUUGUGGAGCCCCCUGCUGGUGUCCCUGAGUACCUCAUUGCAGAAAUAAAGCUGCCUGGUGUGGUUUCAUCACGGUCGCUGGUCCUUGACAUCGGCGAGGACCGCCUGGUGUUGACAGCAAGACCCUCGCUGUACCACCUUGACAUCUUCCAUCCCUUCCUUGUUGACCAGGACACAAGCGUGGCACAGUACAACAGCAGCACUCAGAUCCUCACAAUCACCUUACCUGUGGUGUCCUCCUGAAGUGACAAACGUAGACGCCAAGUAUUUUUUUAAGAUUCGAAGGAUGUUAAAUGAGGUUAUGUACUGUAUAUACCGAAAGGCACACCACAUAUGUUCACAUCAUUAGCUAAACAAGUGACUAUUGUACUGAAACAUGUAUGGAAAUAAAAAUCAGAAAUAAAUUCAA